CAAGAACAGCAUUGCACAGACGGUAGUCGCUUGCACCCGCAAGAAAUCAACACUUCCCAGAAACAAUGGAUUCGGCUCCAGCAAAGCGGAGGAAACUGGACCACGGACAUGAUGGGGCCAAAAUGGCCCUGGAAACCGCUUCUUCUACGGGAAUUUCCAGGUCCCGCGCCUUUGUUCUGGAAGCCGAGGAGCUCCUAGACACUGUUCGCUUGGACUAUGAAACAGCAUUCGAUGGCGCCGACGGUUUUCUGCACCGCAUAAAGGGCUCAAUUGAGGCGAUCAAGCCACAUGAGCCUCUUCCCGUCGCCGAGGCAGUAUCAAAGCUCGAGAAAAAGCACAAGAUUAUAGUCCCCUUUCCGGAUCCACCGCCGCCCGAGAAUUGCAACUACAAGUUCUCCUUCGCUAAGCCUACCUGCUUCAACGUCGUGGGCAGCUAUGUCUCCAAGACCAUGACUAAGACACAAAAGGCCCAUGGCAUCGACAUGGUCUUGGUUUUGCCCGAGGAAAUUCUGCAGGAGAAGGACUACCUUGAUCUACGAUACUUCUACAAGAGGGCAUACUACUUGGCUGUAGUCGCUGCUACGCUGCGGAAGGAUUUUGCGAACGAGGGCCAGCUGUCAUUUGAGUACCUCAACGGCAAUUCAUUAUGCCCUGUCUUGAAUUUCCAACCUAAAAUUUCCCGGGGUUCGGAAAAGCCGGGAGAUAAGAGCGCCCUCGACUACAGGAUACGGAUUAUCCCAUGUGCGCCAGACGGCUUCUUUCCCAAGGCAAAGCUCUCCUUAAAAGCCUCCCUGGUCCGCAAGGCACGAGAAACGAAUGAGAAUGCCACCCAGCCGACACCGUUUUACAAUUCGACGUUGGCUGCCGAGAGCUGCUUUCUGUCGUACCUCAAAGUCCUGCGUCAAGCUGAGAAAAAAUGCGCAGCAUUCAAGAAUGCUUGUAUCUUGGGGCGUAUCUGGUUACAGCAACGAGGUUUCGGAGGGGGCAUUUGUGAGGGUGGGUUCGGCCACUUUGAAUGGGCGGUGCUGCUGGCCCUGCUCCUUCAAGGAGGCGAGAGCAAAACGCAGGUUGCCUUGUCGCCAUCGCUCAGCAGCACGCAGCUCUUCAAAGCAGUCACCCAAUUCCUCUCAGUAACCGAUUUCGCCAAGAAGCCUUGCAUUCUUGGUCCGGGCAAAGCAGAAGCGCAACUAUGUACCGAGGCUGGCCCCAUCCUCUACGACUCGGCUCGACGGUUGAACAUAGCCUUCAAGAUGGGGUCCUGGUCCGCCGCCUUGCUUCACCAGCACGCCAAGUGGACGCGCAGCCUGCUGAGCGACAGUGCGAUUGACCAGUUUAGCCCGACAUUCAUCCUCAAGGCGGAUCUUCCAUCUCACACGUUUGACCUGGUUGCUCGUCUGAAUUGUGGGGCGUCAGAGGAUGUGGCGGCCGAGUUGGACUCUUUUGGGUCUCGAGGACGGAUAUGGAAACUCAGCAGCACAGUCUAUCGAAUCUUGAGGAGAGCCUUAGCGGACGAGGAGCUUGGAGAGAGAGCUCGGCUGAUUCACAUCCAGACCCCCAGUUCCCCGGCAUGGCCGCUGACGGAGCGUUCCAAAUCGCAAGAAGGCUCUACGCUUCAGAUUGGUGUUCUCUUUGACCCUGUUAACAUGGCACGGACGGUGGAUCGGGGCCCGUCGGCGGGCCCAAGUGCUGAGGAAAAGGAAAAAUGCGAAAAAUUCCGUAGAUUCUGGGGCGACAGGGCGGAGCUCAGGCGCUUUGAGCGUGACACUAUCAGGGAAACAUUGAUUUGGGCGUCGACGACGCCUUUUGACCUCUGUGAGGAGAUUAUGCGGUAUAUCCUCAAUCUACACCUGAGAAUUGGCCAAAGCCAAAGCGAUAUCAGCUUCCACGGCAGCGGGCUGCCGGCUCUACUCUCGCUCAAGCCUGCGGAUACGGCACUAUUCAAUGUCGCGCGGAAAGCGUUCGGCACCUUCGAGCGUGAUAUUCGGGAUUUGGAUGACUUGCCGCUUCGGGUGAGACAGAUUGCACCCAUUUGCGCCGAGCUUCGAUAUUCUUCGGUCAAACCCCCGGCGUUCGGGUCAUCCAAGUCGGGCCCGAGGCCGAUGGAGUGCAUUAUAUCGUUUGAGGCAUCCGGAAAGUGGCCUGAAAGCUUAGUUGCGAUUCAGCGAACCAAGAUCGCCUUUCUUUUAAUGAUCGGCAGUCUUCUGGAGAAGAGCAAGCCUGGUGAAGUCAGGACGCACGUUGGGCUGGAGGACUCAAAGUUUGAGACUGAAAACCUUGCAUUCCUUGACGUUGUCUAUGAGGCCGGGCCCUCGUUUCGUUUGCGGAUACAUAGUGACUUGGAGGAGACGCUUCUCGAACGACAGGUCAAGGACAAGACUUCGGAGCAGUACCUUCGCCAGCGGGCGACAACUCUGCUUGCGGCAUUCAGGCGGUUGUACACGAAUUUGCCUCUGCACAACCAGUACCUUACUACCUCCGCUACGCGGUUCCCUGCCUUGGGUCCAACGAUCCGUCUCGUGAAGCAUUGGUUCAAUGCUCACAUGCUUUCCUGCCACUUCACCGCGGAAUUCAUCGAGUUGGCUGUUCUCCAUGUCUUCUUAUCGCCAUACCCUUGGGAUGCACCUUCGAGCGCCAGCACCGGCUUCACGCGAACAUUGCUCUUCCUUGCCCGUUGGGACUGGCGCUCUGAGCCCCUUAUCGUCGACACGGGCGGAAACAUGCCUGCGGCAGAACGGGCGUCGAUCGAGACGCGACUGGAAGCGUGGCGCAAGAUCGAUCCCAACAUGAACCACACCGUUUUGGUUGUUGCCACUGCCCAGGAGCCUAGCGGUGUCGCUUGGACAGCAACCGAUGGUCAGCCAAAGCCUUCCAAGGUUGUGGCAGCUCGGAUGACAUCCUUGGCCAAGAGCGCAUCCCGGUUGAUCAGGGAGGAGGGUGUAGGACUCGAUUGCAGAAGGCUGUUUGUGCCCUCCUUGAAAGACUAUGAUGCGCUCAUCCAUUUGCACAGCAAGGCACUUAGAAGCACCCUAAAAACAUACGCUACGGUCGAUAUCGAGGAGGCUGAGAGUACUGGCCGCUCCAAGUUCAAGAAUCUAGAUGAACGGACCGGCCAAGAGCCGCUACCUCUGGCACAGCAUCCCGCAGAGCUGUUCCUGAAGCGCCUGGGUGCAGCGUACUCCGGCCCGCUGGUCUUUUUUCACGGUGCGGCAGACGACAGCACCAUCGGCGCGAUCUGGAAUCCACUGAUGCAGAGGCGGAGUUUCAGGAUCAACCUGCCCACUUCAUACAAGCCGGUCGUUGGCCAAAAGCGUUCCAAGGAAGACGAGCAGGAGUCAGGUAAUGCCGAGGAUGAGGAUCUGGUGGAUGUAAAUAAGGAAGCAAUCCUGGCGGAAAUUGCGAGGAUAGGGGCAGAUUUGAUAGACAGGAUUGAGGUGAAGGGGACAUAGUCACAAACAUAGAAAUGGAUACGUGGUUG